AUUUCCUGUUUAUCUGAGCGGAGAAUGACUCCCAGUAGCCAGCAGCUUUAGUUCAAAAGUUUGCCAUGUGAUACAGCACAGUGAAGGUUUUUAACACCGUGAAUAUGGUUCAGCUGCUGGGUUUGGUGCUGCUGCUCUGCGCGGCUUUGCUUGAAGCGGCUCCCGCUGGGAAAAGCUACCUGCCGGGUACAGGUCGCUUCUGGCACAUCACCGACCUCCACCUGGACCCGACCUACCACCUGGCCCCAGACCCCACCAAGGUCUGCUUCUCCUCCAAAGGCGCCCCAGCUACCAACCCUGGUGUAUACGGAGACUUCCUGUGUGACUCUCCUUACCGCCUAAUUCAGUCCGCCUUCACUAACAUGGCUCCGCUCACACAGCCAGACGACUUCAUCAUAUGGACCGGAGACAGUCCACCUCAUGUCCCUCCAAACGAGCUGUCCACAGACCUGGUGAUCUCUGUGAUCAGUAACAUGACGCAGACCAUCAGACAGCACUUCCCUCGCAUGACCGUCUAUCCUGCUCUGGGAAACCACGACUACUGGCCACAGGACCAGAUGCCGGCCUCCACUAAUGCGAUCUACAAAGCUGCUGCUCAGCUAUGGAAACCCUGGCUGCAGGCUGAGGCUCUGCUCACACUCUCACAAGGAGGUUUUUAUUCCCAGCUGGUGAAGCCCGGUCUACGAGUUGUCAGUCUUAACACCAUCCUUUACUAUGGUCCUGAUAAAGCCACAGAGAACAUGACAGACCCAGCAGGACAGUUUGAGUGGCUGGAGAAAACUCUGGAGAAAGCUGCUCAGAACCUGGAGAAGGUGUACGUCAUUGCUCACGUACCUGUGGGGUUCCUGCCCUUUGCCAGAAACACUACCGCUGUUAGGAGGAUGCACAAUGAGCGACUGGUCGCCAUCUUUAGACAGUACAGUCAUGUUGUAGCAGGGCAUUUUUACGGCCACACACAUCGAGACAGCAUCAUGGUAAUGCUGGACCAGCAAGGUAAACCUGUGAAUUCUCUGUUUGUGGCUCCGGCUGUAACGCCCAUCAAACAUGUUUUGGAGCCGUACUCAAACAACCCAGCCUUUCGCAUGUACCUGUACAGCUCCCAGGACUACGCCAUGAUGGAUAUCUGGCAGUACUAUCUGAAUCUGACGGAAGCCAACGAGCAACAAAAGUCCGACUGGAGGCUCGAAUACAUCAUGACUGAAGCUUUUGGACUGACUGACCUACAGCCGCUGAGCCUGCUCCAGCUGGGCCUGAGCUUCAGGCUACCACAGACCAAAGCCUUUGAUAAGUACUUCACUCACUACAUGGUGGGAUAUAACAGUACUAUCACCUGCACAGGUGCCUGUAAGCUCAGCCAGGUGUGUGCUGUGCUCUACCUGGACCAGCUGUCAUACUCUAAAUGUGUUGCAAAGGGAGAAUGGUAGCGUUGAUAUUGGUUGAAAAUGAAGGACUUUUCUCAGGUCGCUUUUAAUUUUUUAACCUUUAAAACCAACCACUUUUUUCUCUGUGCUGGAAUCAUGAUGAGGUGAAAUAACAAGUUCUGCUGCUUAAAAAAUAUACAAAAUUUUACUUUUAUCUGCAAUAAUUCUUCGUCAUAUCCAAAGUUAUUCAGAUACAACCAAUGGGAAAAAUUCCACAUUGAAAAAGUACAUGAGGAAAGACAAAACAGCUAUGCUUUGUGCAAUAUAUCAUAAAUAGCUUUACUGUUAUCCCUGUUUUAAAGAAUGUACCAUGGAUGUAGUUUCAGUUACAUCACCCUUUCGUUUCCAAAGAGAUGUGAAGAAGGAAACAAUGGAGUCUGCCAUAUUGAGAAUGCUGACCUUACCUUACAUCUAUGCAGUCUAGUAACAGGUGAAUAGUCAGAGUUUAAGCCUCUUGGAAAAUUACAGUUACAAUGCAAACUCCUCUCAGCCAAUGCUGCUUUACUCUUAAGGCUUUUUAGAUGUGUUGCAAUCAAUGUGAAUGAGUUAUAAUAAAAUACUCAGCCCUUAAAGAUUUUGGAAAAAAAAAGUGCAGUAUGGCAAGGAUAUCCAUCCAUAUCCUACUGUAAAUAUGUUUAUUUCUGCUUUUGUAAUAGGGGCAUUUUUAUAUGGGACCUAAUGGGGAUUCCUCAAAUGGAUAAUUGUGUAAUUGCAGUUUUUGCACUUCAUGCUACCAGCAUAUUAUUUCAGUUUUAAUAAUUUUGUGUGAAUGAGUGUCCUUGUAUUUUUAGAUGGAUUCUUUCUCUAAAUACCUGUCCAUGGAUAUUGUACUGUUUUAAAUCUAGGGAUGCACAAUACUGAUUUUUGCUGAUAUCUGAUCUGCCAAUAAUUACAAAUUUAGUUUUAGCUAGUACCAAUAUUGGUAUUUAUUUAAAUGUAAUUCAGUCCUAAAACUUAAGUUUAAGAAAACCAGAUGAACAAAGAAAACUUCAGCUGAGGUCAGCCUUUUGGUCCUGCCUGUAUUUAACAAACAUAACGUCCAAAAAACUAUAUUUCCAGCUGAAAGUAAUAUAUAGACCAAAUUUAAAGAAGACAUAGGCCUAUAUUUGCAGCUGAUAUAGGCUGAUACUUAGUACUAGAUAGACCAAAAUUUAAAUAAGAUAUAGGUUCAUAUUUACAACCAAAAUUGGGCCAAUAUUUACAGCUGAUUUAGGCAGGUAUUAAGAUAAACUUUUGGCUUAAAUUUUCAGGCAAAAUUGGCCAAAAUUUACAUCCGACAUAGGUUUAUAUUUGCACCAGAUUUAUUUUUCAGCAGGUAAGACUAAUAUUUAGAGAAGAUAGACAUAGGCCAAUAUUUAGAGAGCUUAUAGGCCAAUAUUUAUACCCAACAAAGGCUGUUAUUUUUUAGCAGAUAUAGGCCAAUAUAUGGAGAGGAUAAAGGCCAAUAUUUGGAAAACUUAUAGGCCAAUAGUUAGAGAACUUAUAGGCCAAGAUUUGGAGAAGAUCUAGGCCAAUAUUUUUAAAACUUGUACAGCAAUAUUUUGAGAAUUUAUAGGCCAAUAUUUACAGCCAAUAUGGGCCAAUAAUUACAGCCAACAAAUGUUGAUAUUUUUGGAGAAGAUCAAGGCCAAUAUUUUUUAGAAGAAAUAGUCCAAUAUUUGGAGAAGUUAUAGGCCAAUAUUUGGAGAAGAUAUAGGCCAACAUUUACAGUGAACAAAUGCUGAUUUUUUUCAGCAGAUAUAGGCCAAUAUUUGUAGAAGAUCUAGUCCAGUAUUUUUAGAGGAAAUAGUCCAAUAUUUGUAGAAGUUUUAGACCAAUAUUGAGGAGAAGAUCCAGCCCAAUAUUUACAGCCAAUAUGGGCUGUACAGCCAUCAACGUUGAUAUUUUUCUGCAGAUAUAGGCCAAUAUUUGGAGAAGAUAUAAGCUUGUUUAUACAGCCAAUAUAGGCCAAUAUUUGGAAAAGAUAUGGGCCAAUUUUUAUAGCUAACAUAAAAUGACAUUUCCAGCUGACUUAGGCAAAUAUUUACAAUAUCUUACAAAUGCACUUUUGAUGGAUUCAUUCAUCUCUAAACACCUGUUCAUUGACUUUUUUUGUUCUAAAGCUAGUGAUGCCAGUAUUGAAUUUUGCUGGUAUCUUUCAUGCCAAUAUUUAUAAAUUGGUUUUAGCCAGUACUGAUAUCGGUAAAAUACAAGCGUAGUUCAGACCUAAAACUGCAGCUUCAAACACUUUAAAAUUUAAGAAAUGAGAGUGAACAAAGAGAAAGACUUCUGCUACCUAUAAUUAACCCCUUAAGCUAAUUUUUGCUCAUACUGAUGUUGGAUCAAUAAUAUUGUACAUCACACCUCUGUACCCUGAGGAGGUGUACCAGCCUUUUUUAAUCACAUCAUUGAAAAAAAUUAGGUCUAUAUUUUUCUCUGUAGUCUCUUCCAAGGAUUGGUGUGAUGCUCCUCCUAAGAUUACCAAAGUUUAUCACCUUCUUUAUCUCACUAAUGGAUUAAACCUAAUCUCAGGAUCUUCUCUAGUGUGGUCUAAUUGCUACCAAAAGUCAGCCAUUAGUUCAUGGUGUUGAUUAAUCAAUUUUUGAUUGCAGUAGAAAAAACUUUGGGCAUUUAUAGUUUUCAUCAUAUGAUUACUUUCAUAUAAUAAAUACUUGAGAUGUUUGUAAAUUUGCUAUCUUUAAAGUUUGUCAUUUGAGCAAUCUCCACUUUUGGACACAUUUGUUUCACAGAUAUCCAAAUAUUCAGAAGUGUUGCAGUAAAGUACCCGACAUGCAUCAAACAUUUGUAAACAUCUAAGGAAUAUUAUCUUAGAUUGGCUGCUUCUGUUAGCAGUUGUUGCACAAAUGUCAAACAAACUAUUUUUCUACUGAAUAAAUGUCUCUAUUCAAA